AGUAUAUGUUAAUGUGUUAUUUUCAGCAAAAUGUCUAGAAUAUUUAUUGGAGGUCUUCCAGAAGAUGCGUCUCGAACUGAAUUAGAGCGUGAGUUUGAGUGUAUAGGUCGCUUGCGAGAUGUCUGGGUAGCACGCAAUCCUCCAGGGUUCGGUUUUAUUAUAUUUGAAGAUCCACGAGAUGCUGAAGAUGCUGUUAGAGAAAUGGAUGGAAAGAAAAUAUGUGGCUCACGUAUUAGAGUUGAAUUAGCUAGAGCAACAACUGGUGGUAGUCGUGGAAGGCAGAUUAGAAAUGAGAAGUGUUACAACUGUGGGAAAACUGGUCAUUUGUCUAAACAAUGUCGUAGUAGUGGAAGAGAUGGUGGGUAUAGCAGUAGAAGGCGAUCAAGGUCUAGGUCUAGAUCCUAUGAAAGAAAUAAGCGGCGAAGGUCCAGAAGUAAAAACAGAUCACGAAGAUCAAGAUCUCGAGAUCGCUCAGGAGAAAGAAAGCGAUCAUCUUCUAGAGAUAGAAAAAGGUCUUCAUCUCGUGAAAGACUUAAUCAAAGGUCUUCAUCUCAAUCUAAAGGUAAUUCAAAUGAAAAACGAUCACACUCUAAAGAAGUUAAUUCUGAUGCCAAAGAUAGACAUUCUCAAUCGAAAUCUCGUUCUGUUUCAAAAGAGCGAUCACCAUCUAAGGAUCGCUCAGUUUCUCGUGACAGAUCGUGUAGUCGCUCGCCAUCUAUAAAUCGUGAAAAUAAUGGAAGUGGUGAAGAUCAGCACCAAAGUGAUAAUAAUGACGACGAUAAGAAAAGCAGUGACGGAAAUUGACUUCGAAAAUUAAAAGUCUAGAUAUAUCGAUCACAAUGCAUGGUGGCAAAUAUGGCAUAUGUAUAUUUUUAUUUCCCUAAAACAAUGUAAAUAAACCGAUAAAAUAAGCUUAACGUUUAAGUCGAACUAUAGAUAUUCCUUUUAAAUGGAGUUUCAUAUUUAAAAAAGAUAAAUAUGAAUAUAUAUUUUGAUAUAUUAACAAAUAUGCAAA